GUGGAAAACGUGUUUACCGCGCCUCGGUACGUCCGUUGCUAAGAUAUCGUGAAAGCAUUUUUCGUUCGCGCCACCAAGUGCUUAAGCGGCUGUACGUCGAUAGCUUCAGAAGCUAAUUAAAAUCCACAUUUUGCCUUUCGAAAUUGGCGUCAUAUCGUUUCGUAUUUCCAUUGCUGGUAGAUUGCAAUAACGACGCGGUAGCGGGCCAGGUGUGAAUGAUCUAACUUGUGUUGUAUUUUCAUCACCACACACGUACUCUACCUGCGAUCCCGUUCGGGGUAGUUGAUCGUACGUACGGCAAACGUACCGCCACACGAUGUGUUGUGAGUUUGUAACCACGUAAUUCUGUGAAAUGUGUGAAUCUAAUUGUUCUAAAAAAAGAGAAAGCGUGAAUCAUCACCGCUAGUUUCUAUCCUAGACAAGUGCAGCUAGAUGUGCUUCCGUUUUGUUUUUUGUUGUAAAUUGUAAGUGACUCAAAAGAAGCGUGCUGACGCCGAUAAAAAAAACCGUCUCUAUACCCUCAAUUGUAUACCUGUUCGGCGUAGAAGGUCGUAGAGAUAGUGUUAACGGUAGACUGCAGAAAGAAAACAGCACAAACCAGAGGGGGGAGAAAUACAUUUAUCGCAAUGGAAAUUAGCGCCAGAGGACACAGCAAAAUGGCAACACAUUUGGAUCUAACCACACCUGUAAUGGAAGUCCCGGACUCGUACGACUAUAAUGGACCGAACCUACCGAACCAUCAGUCGGCGUACGCACACACCGGUUCGCCGUACCACCAGCAGAACAGUCAGCCCCCUCAGUCCGAUGCCGGCAGCCCAUCGAGUGAUGCGGUGAUGAUCAAGAUCGACGUACCUUCCCCGUUGCGCGACGAUCCGCAGCAGCGCUACCCGAAGGAGAUCGGCAAGACGCUGCUGGCGUUGGUUUUCCUGGCGCUCAAUUUCUUCCUCGCGACCGUUUCCCUCUCGCUGGUGCACGACCGCGUCCCGGACCGGGAUACACACGGUCCGUUGCCAGAUGCGUUCCUCGAUCGGGUGCAGCCGCAGGAUUGGGCGCUGGAUGUGAGUGAGAUCCUCAUCAUGGUGGUGGUGAACUCGUGCGUCCUGCUCAUCACCUUCCACAAGCAUCGGUUCAUCGUGAUGCGGCGUGUGUUUCUGCUCCUGUCCGUGCUCUACCUGAUGCGCUCGAUGACGAUGUACGUCACGGUGCUGCCGGUGUCGAGCCGGACGUACUACUGCAGUCCGAAGUCGAACGCCAGCAGCGCGGGCGUCAUCGUGAAACGCGCCUUCCAGCUCAUCUCUGGCAUGGGCUUGUCGAUCAAUGGGAAGCAGAUCUACUGCGGAGAUUACAUCUACAGUGGCCAUACGGUGACGCUAGUCCUUGGUUAUCUUGUGAUAUCGGAGUACUCACCGAAACGGUUCUGGCCGAUCCAUUGGAUCUAUUGGGGCGUAAGUUUGACCGGGGUCGUGAUGGUGCUGGUCGCUCACGGACACUACACUGUCGACGUGCUGAUCGCGUACUACGCCACGACGCGACUCUUCUGGACGUACCAUACGCUGGCUAACAACAGUCUCCUGUUAAAGCAAAACGGCAACAACUACAUCGGACGCGAAUGGUGGUACUUCGCCUUCCGCUACUUCGAGCGGAACGUGCGCGGUCCCAUUCCGCUCCAGUACGACUGCCCACUCUCGCUGCCAUCGUCCUGGGCGAAGAAGUCACCCAAGCUGCCUGGGCGUGAGAGUUGAUACCGCCACCACCAACACCACCACCACAAUCACCACCCACCGACCGGUUGGCUACUGAUUGUCGAAAGUUACCUCAUCGUGUUAACCGAAUCGUCCUCCAUCUGGCGCGAAGGGCACGAUGACAACCACUCGUCAUAAGAGAGGAGGCCCUUUUCUGAUACACGUUACAUGAGGCUGUUCCGACGGUGUGACAAUCAGUUGCAGACAAUCUCCUCCUGCUCCUUUUCCUACACCCUCCAACUUUCAUCCCAAAACAAACAAAAAAAUAGGAAAGAAGAAAACAAAAAGACUUGCCGAUAGCCACAACACGGGGCCGGAGGUGUACCAUAUGUAACGGAUAAGGGAUUCUAAUCGGAGAACACAUGUUUGUUCAACCCCUUCUUCAGGGCUGAGAUCGUUUUAAGGACUAGGUAAUUUCGUUUCGUUUCAGCUUCUUUUUUAACUCUAUCCCAUCGAGUGACGUUGGGAAAGCUGGUCGACCAAGCAACCACCAGCCUACUCUCUAAAUGAAUAGUGUGAACAGAACACAGUCGAAACACAAAGUAGAAAAAAGCAAUUUUUGUCUAGGAUUCGUUUUAGUGUAAGUGCAAUCAGUUCAGUUCCGGGGCGGAGGCGUUUGGCUUAUGUUUGUUAGUGUAAAAAGGAAGAGGAAUUAGACCGUGUGUUCGAAGAGAGAAGACAAAGAAUGCAGCAGUGAGGAAAUACCAGUCAGAUCGAUGUCGUCGAUGCAAUUCAUCAACUAAACAAACGACAACCAAUGUGAUAUAACAAAUUGCGCCGAUCGCGCAAUGCCACUGGACGGAUUGAGGUCGCGAGUGCGUUUGUGUUUAUGUACAGUAAUUUAAUAAUAUUGCAUUUUAAUUUUCGUUUCCGCUCCACCGAGCUUCAUUUCAGCGAAUUCAAAAGUAGACGAUAUUUCCCCACAAAGAAAACGUAUACGAAAUUGCGUUUCGUUAGUGGAAAAAAAAAAUCAGGAUUAAGUCAACGCGCUUCAUCUUCAUUUCUUCUUGGCCGGGGA